UGGAAGGAAGUGCAGGGCUCGUGUUCGCGGGGAGCAAAAUCCAAUAUGGCGUGGCAGCCAGACCAAGACGGUCUCCAACAGAUUAUUCUCUUGUUGAAAGAAAGCCAAAGCCCGAAUACCGAAGUACAAAGAGCAGUGCAACAAAAACUCGAAUCUCUUAAUCAGUUUCCUGAUUUCAAUAACUACCUUAUUUUUGUGUUGACGAAAUUAAAAAGCGAAGAUGAGCCAACUCGCUCCCUCUCUGGCUUGAUCCUAAAGAACAACGUCAAGUCGCAUUAUCACUCUUUCCCAGAGGAAGUGAAGGAGUUUAUCAAGGCAGAAUGCUUGCAAGCCAUUGGAGAUCCUUCCCCCUUGAUUCGUGCCACAAUCGGCAUUCUCAUCACCACAAUUGCGGCCAAAGGCGACCUCACAAAUUGGCAGCAGCUUUUACCCACACUGUGUCAACUUCUUGACAGCGAAGACUAUAAUGUUUGUGAGGGCUCAUUUGGAGCUCUGCAAAAGAUCUGUGAAGACUCUGCUGAGCAACUAGAUAGCGAUGCUCUCAAUCGUCCACUAAAUGUGCUGAUACCCAAGUUCUUGCAGUUCUUUAGGCAUGCUAGCCCUAAAAUCAGGUCUCAUGCUAUUGCAUGUGUGAACCAGUUCAUAGUUAAUAGAACACAAGCUCUUAUGAUGCACAUUACUACUUUUAUUGAGAAUCUUUUUGCCUUGGCUGUAGAUGAAGACCCAGAGGUUCGCAAGAAUGUCUGUCGGGCACUGGUCAUGCUGCUGGAAGUCCGAGCUGAUCAGCUUAUCCCACAUAUGAACAAUAUUGUUGAGUACAUGCUGAUGCGCACACAGGAUAAGGAUGAGAGUGUAGCACUAGAAGCCUGCGAGUUCUGGCUGACUCUUGCUGAGCAGCCGAUCUGCAAAGAGGCCUUAACACCGCACAUGGCAAGGCUUGUACCAAUCCUUGUGAACGGAAUGAGAUACUCUGAAAUUGACCUAAUUCUUCUAAAGGCUGAUAAUGAGGAUGAUGAAGCUGUACCGGAUAGUGAGCAAGACAUCAAACCCAGAUUUCACAAGUCCAAGACUCACUCUCAACAGCAUGAAGAUGGAGAUGGUGAAAGUGAUGAUGGGGAAGACAUGGAUGAUGAUGAUGCACUGUCAGACUGGAAUUUGCGCAAGUGCUCUGCUGCUGGUCUGGAUGUCUUAGCCAAUGUGUUCCGUGAUGACUUAUUACCUGUCCUUCUACCAAUACUGAAAGACACCCUUUUUCACCCUGACUGGGAAUCCAAGGAAUCUGGUAUUCUGGUGCUGGGGGCCAUUGCAGAGGGCUGUAUCAAUGGCAUCGCACCACACCUACCAGAGCUAGUGCCCUUCCUCAUCAACUCUCUGUCUGAUAAAAAGGCCCUUGUGCGGUCCAUAACAUGCUGGACUCUCAGUCGGUACGCUCACUGGGUUGUCAGUCAGCCUCAUGAAGCUUAUCUGCAGAAACUGAUGACAGAGCUUCUAAAGAGAAUACUAGACAGCAAUAAGAGGGUGCAAGAAGCCGCGUGCAGUGCUUUUGCCACACUGGAAGAAGAAGCAUGCACAGAGCUUGUGCCUUAUCUUGGCUUCAUCUUAGAGACACUUGUGUUUGCAUUCAACAAGUACCAGCACAAGAACUUGCUGAUCCUCUAUGAUGCAAUUGGCACCCUGGCAGACUCUGUUGGGCACCACCUUAACAAGCCUGAGUACAUCACCAUGCUGAUGCCUCCUCUUAUCAAUAAGUGGAAUCAGCUGAAAGAUGAAGACAAGGACCUCUUUCCUCUGCUGGAGUGCUUGUCCUCCGUGGCCACAGCCCUCAGAUCAGGCUUCCUCCCGUAUGCUGGUCCUGUGUUCCAGCGGUGUGUCUCUUUGGUGGAACAAACACUGACGCAAUGCAUGAUGUCUCAGACACACCCAGACCAGUUUGAGCCACCAGACAAGGACUUCAUGAUUGUUGCGCUAGACCUGCUGAGUGGGCUAGCAGAGGGACUGGAAGACCAGAUUGAGCAGUUUGUGAUCAGGAGUAAUAUCAUGACCCUCCUCUUCCAGUGCAUGCAGGAUAAGAUGCCAGAGGUUCGGCAAAGCUCCUUUGCUCUUCUUGGUGACUUGACCAAGGCUUGUUUCCAACAUGUUAAGCCCUGUAUUGGGGACUUUAUGCCAAUUCUUGGCCAAAACCUCAACCCUGACUUUAUCUCCGUCUGCAACAAUGCCACAUGGGCAAUUGGCGAGGUGUCUGUCCAACUAGGAGGGGAUAUGCAGCCAUAUGUAUGCUUGGUACUCGCCCAGUUAAUCUCCAUCAUCAACAAGCCACACACCCCCAAAACACUACUAGAAAACACAGCAAUCACUAUUGGUCGCCUGGGGUUAGUUUGUCCGCAAGAUGUGGCUCCCUUGUUACCGCAGUUUAUUCGAAAGUGGUGUACGUCACUACGGAACAUCAGGGACAACGAGGAAAAGGACUCUGCUUUCCGUGGCAUAUGCAGCAUGAUAGGGGCCAACCCAGGUGGUGUCGUGCAGGACUUCAUUUUCUUCUGUGAUGCUGUCGCUUCAUGGGUCAACCCUAGUCCGGACCUCAAGGAGAUGUUUCUGAAGAUCCUCCAUGGGUUCAAGAACCAGGUUGGUGAGGAGAACUGGAAGCGGUUUGCUAGCGAGUUCCCUGGCCCGUUGCGGGAGCGCUUAGCGGCCAACUAUGGCGUCUAGUGCGGGAACUCCAAGCAGUCCCCCAAGGGAGGGAGGAUGUAGUCGCGUUGCAAGCCCAGUUAGGGACCGCCCGCCGUUCCCGCCUGGCUUCACGCCAAGUAUCUUGGUGUCUGUCCGUCGUCAUGUCAGUCAGUGUGUGUCUGUGUGCCCAUGCAGUGUCCACGGGGAGGGAUGUCGCGCAUAGCAUGACCAACUAAUUAUAUCAGCGUUGCGCUGCUGUGGUGCUAUUUACCGCCAUGCAACAUGGGGGAUGGGAUAGAUCUAGAGAACAAUACACUCGAGAAUUAUUACAUGUGCUUAGGGACUUUGUCGACGAUCUAAAGUGAUUCAGCCCGUGUCAAUGUCACGUGAUGUGCCGUGAUGACGUCAUGCGUUUGUGAUGUCACGUCAGUAGUAUCAGAUGUCUCGUUCUGGGAACACUCCUAAUAAUCAAUACUAGUAAGACACGGCAGAACAUGGCAAACCAAGUAAUACUACGCUUUGGUUUUAUUCAGUCAAUUUUUACACAAGAUCUUUUUUUAUUUUCUUUUUUUAUGACCAAAUUUUGACAAUGCAAUUUUGAACUCGAUCUUGAAAGCAGAGAUCAGUUCAAACAUUUUCACCCUAGAAUUCUCUUCGAGAAAGGGAGGUAGUCUAUGGCAUUUCGCGUUUGACUGCUUUGUGAGUUUUGGUGUGUUAUACCGGUGUAAUAGCGUCGUUUUUUUCUUGUUUAUACAGUAUUUAUGUUCUUAGUGUAUUUCAUCGAGUUAGAUCUAACGCGAAAUUCGUUUAGACUGCCAUUUACAACUUCUAUUUAUAAAAUGGCUUCGCCAAGACGCGAUUUAUUUUUUCAAGAGAGAAAAGAUGAAAUGCAGGUGUUACCCAGAGUCAAGCAUCUGUAAUGUAUUUGUAUAGCUUUAUAAAAGAAUAAUUAAUAAAUAAAGUAACGUGACGUGUUAGCGUGACGUGUUGUGUUGCGUGACGUGGUGUUGUCACUGUGUCGUACCUUUCGGUGGCCAGUAAUCCGCUAACGCAAUCCUGUGCCCGCGUGACGUCCAUCUGAAAACCUUGCCAAUUUUUUUCUUUUCUUUUUUAACUGGGAAAGGUGGACUGAAAAGCCAGCUAUUUUAGUGGCUAUCCUCUUGUGUGACAAUCAGCAAUGUUAGUCUCCUAGGCGGCCGCUCUUAGUUCUGUCUGACACAUUGAGUGGUCGCUUCAGGCGGCUUCAUAUGAGACUACGAAAAUGGGAUGUCUUCUUAGUGAGCAUAAAAACACAGAAAAGGGUCAUGCCCCGCUUCAUCUGCACAAGCAGGUCUCUUGCCUCUAUUGGCAUACGAAUCCCUAUCACGUUUUACCCCUUUCUAUUUACUCGAGGCGUAAACUGAAAAAUUUUCGUCGUCGGGCACAGGAAUGCACUAACUAUGACACUGCUUUACCGAUAACCUGCCUUACGAACUAUGCGCAUGACAAGCGCCAGUCCACGGAACCUCAAGCAUGCAUGAUGACAAAUCACCGCGCGCUCUGGUGUCGCGCUGUUCAGCCUGGGAGUUGGGUAGAGUCUAGAGACCAUAGGCAAUAAAUGUCCUAACCAGUACUAGGUCAGUGUGAUAGUUCCGUGAGGAGCAAUUGCAUGCUGCGAGAAUCAAGCUUAGGCUAGAGUAUACUUCAAAAAGGGUGAAUAGGGAGUCGUUUACCCGAUGAGAUUUAGUUUUCACAUUUUCUUCCGCACCAGCAGUUAAUGUUCAAAGCGCUUGUUUACGUGGAAAACAGUUUUUUUUAAUAGGUUAAUUAUUAUCCAUGAGCUGUAUUCAAUGCAAAUGCGUGCAAAAAAAAGAUGAAACAAUCGACUCGAUUGUUCCCAGAAAGCAGGUUAACGCUAACCCAACCCAGAGAUAGCCGUAUUUAUUCCUGGGUUAGUGCUAACCUGCUUUCUGAGAACCGGCCUCUGAUCACCAGGCUCUAAAACCUAAAUUCACACUCGUUCAAAUAAAAAGAGCAAAAACCUGCAUUGCCUCGUUUUCAGAUGGAGGCCCAGCCUCCCUUGCGGUUUUUAUCCAGACUCGACCCAGACUCCCAGCGACACUUCUCGGUACGCGCGCCAAUAAGACAUUUAAGCCCUGUGCAAACUGCGCAAGCACCGGCCAGCAUUGCUUGCGAAUUCUUGCUCGAUUGACCACAAGACAUAGGAAAUGACAGAAAGUCCAUUUCCCAUUUUCGACAUUUUUCUUGUCCUAUAGUCAGUUGAGCGAAAAUUCGCCAGCAAUGCUGGCAGGUGCUGGUGCAGUUUGCACGGGGCUUUAUACGCGAAACAUUGCAGCAUUUCGCAAUAAUCCACAGGCGCCCGUUACGCCUCAUCAAGCUGGUCUUGUGUGCUGGCUUUUCUAACAAAAAUUCCGCUGGUUCGGAAUUAAUUUUUUUUGUUACAAAAUGUCCUCGUAAAUUUUAGCACCUUUUUUGAAUUUCGGAAUAUAAUUUUAAUAGUAAAGUAUAUUUUAUAUAACAAAUAAUGGCCCAGAAACUAGGAUAUGAAUGUGGGAAAUGUGUAUUUUCAUUUGACAUGUUGUAUCUUAUAAAAGUAGAGUAUGUAUUAAAUGGAAUAAAACAUCGUUUAUAUGUGCA